AUGGAUCCAUCGCAAAAAUAUGCCAAUAUUUCAUGUAUUUUAGACGGUCGUUGGUCAUUAAAUCAUUUAACUUUUCAAUUAAGAUCUAUAUCAUCCAGUAAAUUGAAAAUAAUUAUUGGUGAAUAUACAAUGAAAAAUAAUCGAACAGGAAAAAUUGCUUUUCUAGCUGAUUCUCAAUGGACAUUGAUACUAUCAGUUGAUGGAAAUCAACAACCUGGUAUUUAUGAUAAAAUUCAAUUCGAUUAUGCUGGUUUUAAUUAUACGUAUUAUUUUGGAUAUGGUUCAUAUCCACAUUGUCCUCGAUGUUAA